AUGGAUGUUGGAGAUUCAGUCUCUGAAGGAAAUGAGAAAUAUUCUGUCUUGUUAGGGAGUGCAUUGAGAAAUAACGACGUUGACGAAUUCUUCGAAAUAUACGACACAAAUGUACCAAAGGAUUUGACUGAGGACCAGAUUGAACAUAUCAAAGAGGAGGCGCGUAAGAUCUCCGAGUUGGCGGAGAGUGACUACAAGAAGCGAGUUGCUUCUACCCAGGACUACAGCAAAGGGCCUGCCACCAUGACAGACCAAGGACUGAGUAAGAGUGCCUAUACUGCUAAUGAUUGGAAGUACAUUGAUGACGAUGACGACACAAGUCCAAGUGGCGUUACUGGCAAGGUGCCGUCACUGGACCUUGGCUCCAUCACACGCCACUCUAGGCAUCUCAACAACAGCUCUACUACGACGAGCAAUCACGUCAUGGGCAACAUGGGCAAAAACGAAUUUGCCGCUGCGUUGAAACUUCAUGAGGAUGAAGACCAAAAUGAUUCAGGAUUGUAUUUUAAUAAGACUGCAUCUGAGAGCACCUCAGAUACUGACCAGAAUGGUUCAGAUACUGAUAGCAUGAAUAGGCCCGGUAUGUUUCAUUAUUUCAAGCCAUACGACAACAAAAAAACCUACGGCUCCUGUCAGCCAGGCUCUAAUAGUGCUGUUCUUUAUCACAAUGACUCCAACUACGAUGAAGCGUUUACUGCCUCUGAUUCAGACGUUUUAUCUCCUGAGGAUUCUCCUCGCGAGACCACUUCCAUGCUCGGAUUAGGCGGCAGAGGACAGAUGACUGAAUUAAAAACAAUACGUAUCCAUAAACCAGAAACAAUCGGGCCGGUCGAAUGCGAUGAGGACAAUGAUAGUACCGAUGAUUUGACAAAUGUUAACGUUCACAAGCGGCUUUACACACACAUAGGUGAUUUUGCCAGUAUGAACAAUGAGGAUGAUGAAAUUGAUCAUUCUCAUGCUACAAGUAGUUCUUGGCCUCAAAAACAGUAUCCCUUGCUAGGUGGUGUUGGGAAAAGCUUUCGAUGUUACGAUAAAGGCACUGGUUCAACUAGUGACGUUCCAAGAAAUGGACCAAAGAACAAUGGCCCUAGGCCGCCAUUUGGUGAUCCCGUAAAUGUGGAAAAAAUCGGCUGUUCCGUUGACGAUUUGAUUCCACGCAGGGGAUUGAGGGAUGUUCCUGACAUGCCCGCAUCUGCCCCUAUCACCGAGGACAGGAGCUCGGAGGAAUCCACAAAACAAUCGGAGGGCACCAAAAAGAAAAAGAAAAAGAAAAAGGCAACUAAAGGUGAAGUAGGUGAAGGUGGAUCGAUGAAGGUUGGAGAUUCAGUUGAUGAGAAUGGUAACCCCAUAGACACCCAACAGUUGAGGAAAAAGGACUUUCCAAAUACCUUAUCGCGCAAUUUCAGUAGUAGAGACAAUAGUGAUUAUCGCAAUUCAACGUUCGCUUGUCAGACGGAGGACUUAUCCAAAUUUUCCAAUGGACCGUGGUCAUCUUCUGCGAAUGAUGAUCGUGCUGAAGCUGCGCGGAAACGAAAAGCGAAAAAGUCACGACAGGAGAGUCCACGCAAGGCAGAGGAUAUUCCUGAUUAUCGCGGAAAGGAUAAGCUUGAGGAUAUUCUUGAAUUUAUUGAAAACUCUGGGCAGGGUAAGAAAAAGAAGAAGGCUGUAGGCCCCGCUCCUCCCGUCAAGCCACUGAAGGACAAUAAGAAGUCUAAGUUUUCUAGUCCCCCACUUGGUAGCCUUGAUAUUGCCAGUGAUAAGGAUGAUGAUAACGAAGUGGAGAGAAUGGUCCGGGAUCGUGUUAGAAAUGAACCACGGAGACUGAGUGAUCUAACGCAGAAGAUGCCGCUUUCAAAUCACUCCAUACGUGAUGCUCGGAAAUUGGAUAAAUAUGAUUUAUGUUUGCCUCCUGAUAUUGAGACUCUGAUACCAAAAGAGGCUGAAUUUCAGUUAGUUACAAAAAGCAAGAAAAAGAAACGUCCAACUAAUAGUGUUUACCCAUUCAAGGAUGAACAUUUUGAAGUACCGCGUGAACCACGCGUAUAUAAACCAAUGCGUUCCGUAACCCCCCCUCCAACUAAGACCCCCACUGACUGCCUGGCAACUCCUCCCAGUGCUGAGAAACCAGCUGAGAGGGCAUUUAGUCCAUCUGCUUUCCCUGUUCUAUCCAGCGAGUUUGAAUCAGAUUUUCCAACCAUCAGAGUGCGUCGCAACUCUACAGGAAAUGCUCCAUUUGAGGGUGUCACGAAAGCGGAUGAUGAUGUGGCAUGGGUUGAAGCAUCUCCACCACCUGCAGGUGAUACCGAUGUGGAAAGUAACAGCCCAGUUUCGCCUCGUGGAAUUGUAAAGAUUUCUUAUGCUAAAAUUGCAGCAUCCCCUAAACCGAAAAAUGGGGUGCCUGGUGCGAUCAGCUCCACCAGUGUUGUGUCAGAGCGGAGACACUCAUUCGGCUCAAUGGACGAUGCUAACCAGAGUAUUAAGGAGGCUGUAUCCUCUUUGGGUAACAAAAAUGAUCAUAAAAGUCAAAGUCAGGAGCUUCUAAGUAAUACAGGGAUUCAGGAUGACAAUGAUCGAGUGACUGCUAGGAGAAAUUUAGACAGUGCCUUCCAGAUUAACUCAACCGCUACUAGUGCCAUUCAGUCGGCUCCGCCAAGCAAAAUGGCAGAACCGGGCGCAGGAAAAAACACACCAAGGGUGACCCUGCCUGAAACAUCUCAAUCUUCCAAUGUUAAACCUGAGAAAGCUUCUUUAGUUGCCUCUAAUCCUGUGUCUGAUCAACCAAUCCAUACUGGCCCACGGGUACCAAAAAGACCGAAAGCAAAAUGUGUGAUAUUUUUAGAUAAGAAAAUAAACGAUAUGCCCAAGAAUCUUGGGAUAACAUUUGGUUUUGACGAAAAUGAAGCCCACUCUCAGGGUGUGAGUGAUAACAUUACCAUGGACCCUAAUGCACCAACCAGUAAAAACACAUGCAUUGAGGGUAUUUCUUUCAAGUCUGAACCACUUGAACAGACUGAUGGUCACAAACUGAUAAUUCCCAUGAACGGUCUCACUUUACCUGCUCAGGCACUUCACAUGGAUCAAAACCAGCAGAUUAUACAACUAGCCAGUGAAUCUAAUCAAAACCGACAUGCUCCUGUCUGUUCUGGCACGAUCUCGGACAACGGUGUCAAGUGCAUUUCUGUCACGGAAGAGAAAAUUUGGGAGGACUUGGCGCACCAUGAAUCAAGGCUUGGCAGCGCCGCUUUUCAAUAUAAUAAUGAGGAUUGUGUGAGGUACUUAGUCAGAGAAUGGGAGAAAGUUAUGGAUGCAAGAAACAAAGGUAUUGCCAUUGAGUAUCACUCCAACUAAGGUCACUUUGAAUUCUUACAUCAAUCUAGAGAAGAAUGAUCAGUGGGUGAUAGUGACCAGCAUUUAUGAGUAUGGCGUUUUGUCGAUUACUUAUGGAGGUAAUUCGGGAGUAUCACAACGGUGUUACGAUGUUGUGUGGAGAAACGUAUAAGUCAAAGUGAUAAGUUAUUCGAGGUUGUUGCCCUCAGUCACUGCAACGCUAGAUAAAGACUUCAACAAAUUGACUACAAAGACCUCAAUCAAUUCGAUAUAUAUAAUAUAGAUGUUUGAUAUCAUCAAGACGACAUAGUGUAUUGGGAGUACUGUUUACCAAGCUAUGGGAGUGGAGUAUUCUUAUAUAUCAUGUGUUCUUGAUGAUAUGAGUAUUUUUAUUAUGACCGGUGGCAUGGCAGACUACUGUGUUCUAGUGUUGGGGAGAAAAGGCACAGAUUCUAUUAUGUAGUUGCAGGUACGCUGUAUGUUAUUUGCUAGUGGCGUCGCCAAGGAGAAGUACUGCUACGGCCAUUUUUCCAUGACUUGUGAUAUCUUGUGGGCAUCGCGCCCCAUUGUACGUUGUUGUACAGCUUGUGAUUGGCUGACAGACUUGGUAGAUCGCCAGUUUUUUACUCUAACUACAAAAGGACUGAUACGGUGAUCCAGUUAGACAUUUUUGGUGCGGGGUCCAGGCUGGCUAUUAACAGAGCAGGUAUCUUAGAUUUAUUUAUGAGUAAUGUGGCUGAGCAUUAAGCUGUUAAGUAGUAAUAAAAAUUUUAGCAACCUAGUUGCAAGGCAAUGCCAUAAUUUAUAGAGUCGGGUGGCAGCUGGAAAAUGCCAGGCCAUGUGGACUCCUGACUAAUGUAUUUAGUUUUAUUGACCAAACGAUAAGUCAGCUUUCAGAAUGGAAGUAUUUGCUCUUAUAUUUCAUAUGUUGCACUGAUAUUUUGCAAAGUUUCUUUGUCUCGUAGGCUUGUAAUUUCCUUGUUCUUGCUCAGUAUUCAAGUUCAUUGCACAAAUUAUAUAGAUGAUUUAAUUCUUGGCCUUUAUGAAAUAGAAACUAUUCUCGCUAUGAAAAAAAAAAACUCUUGAAAAAUGUGACCUAAAGUUAAGAAAUCUACUCUUGUUUGGCUCGAGAUGUAAAAGUUAACUAUUGGAAAAAGGCUUGUUCUGUUGGAAAAAACAGUAGAACUUUGAACUACUGCUACAGCUCUCAUUUUCCAAUGGUUGAUAUUUCUUAUGAAUUUACUCUUUAAAAGUGUCUAUCAAAAGUUUCAUCUGAGAUAUCGUCCGGGUACAAACUUUUGCCCAAAGUAUUUCUAAAGGUCCCAUUUUGCGUUGGAGAACAGAAUUUCGACAGCUAAUUUGUAUGUGUCGACAUGGUGAGUCCGACUGAAAACUCUUUUCAGUGAAUUGAAAGUGGCAUUGGCAGCCGACAGUUCGGUGCCCUAAAACAUAGAUCUGCAUUGUCGAACAGGGGGUCCAAUCACCCGUGGCAAUCUUCUCUUUGAAACGAUGUAAACUACACUAUCUCCAUCUAAGGGGCUGUUCUUGAACCAAAGCAAUUUCCCUGCUUCUGCGCCCAGUUUGUUUUCGUGACUUCAGGAGAGGUUAGAGUGGGGCAGGGGAGGGAGACUUUUGAUGAAAGUUGAACCCUUUUUUCAUAGAAACUCAAAUGUAUAUUUUAUGAUGCAGAGGAGAGAUAAAGUCUUUGUUUCAAUAUUUAGUUGUAUUAUUGGGGAAUCUAAUGCAGAACUCUUCAGGCAAUUAUCUCGGAGAAUUUUUUCAGAGAGUGGUAAAAUGCAGCCGGGGGGGGGGGGGGGGGGGGGGUAAGUUGGUCGUUUGCAGCAAUGCAUGCAGCAAUGCAUGUAUUGAAAGCAUUUUGACUGAGUUAGCUUGUGGGAGUUGUUCUCCAGUUAGUUUUAUGAUGACUGUACAAAAAUGCAGUAUUUGUUUGAAAAUGAUGUUCGUAACACUCUAUUCGUAAUAUUCUUGGAUGAAACUGGACGAUUCAUAAUCUUUUUCUUUAAAAUGAACAUUUUUGGACUGAAGAGUACUUUUACCAUGUUAACUGCCUGUGUGAAGACGAUAUUUUCAAGGUUUGCAGUAUUGAACGAGGACUAAAAUUGUUGACUUGCUCAAACUUUGUGCAUAAUUUAAUUGAAAAGUGCUGCAUUUGUUUUGCUUUCCUAAAACUAUCUGGCAUUUCAGUCUUCAAGCAUGAGGAAAGCUGUCUUAUCUGGUAUCAUCAAAAAUAUAUAAGGUGAACUGAUAUAUUUUGUUAUCAUUCAUGCAGGUUUCUUUUUUAUCAGUGUGUUUUAACUGUUUUAGUUGUUUGAAGGUAACCAUGGUAACCUAUCAUAAAGCUUAUGAUAAGAGCAGUGUGCUGUAUUUUGUUUUGUUAAAAUUUCUAGAACUGAU